AUGGAUAAACAACCGAUUCGUCUGUCUUAUCGAUUGCUUCUUCUGGUGAUUAUUGUUGCGUUCUUCCGGAGUACAGUAUACGUGAUGUCUAUCACUCAAAUCUCUACCACACCGAACGCCGUAACCAAUGAACACCCUAGGCCCACACGCUCCUCUUCGUCGUCAGCGGCGGCCGGCACUCAAUUGGCGCAGAUUAUGAUAAACUAUAACAAGAUCUCGCAGUCGCCGCCGAUGAACGGCUCGACCGAUUGGUUGAACUGCUUUUACGAUUUGAUGCGAACCGAAUGGACGCGUUUGCGGACAUUUCACGCCCGACAAGUCUGGUCGCACCGCUUCAUCACCGCCGAAGAGUUGGCUAACGCGGGAUUCUUCUACACUUCUAAUGGUGAUAGAGUUCAGUGCGCUUUCUGUCGAGGAGUGGUCUCGCACUGGAAAUCUAAAGACCAAGCGCUUAGUGAACACAGCAUUCACUUCCCAUUGUGUCCGUUCAUAAUGGAGAUGGAUGUCGGGAAUGUGCCCAUCGGUAGAGAUCCCAUUCACGACCCUAAGGCCAGACACGAUGUCUGCGGGAAUAUGAGUUCAUAUGAAGACAUGAAUUCAGUGCGUAACUCUAUUUCAAUCAAUAGAAGAGAUGCCGAUAUUAAUGCAUUGAAUACACAUAUAAGUGAAUUUGGAGUCCAGCCCCACAACGGACCCAAGAAUCCCGAAUAUAACUCGAUUGACGCCCGAAAGCGUUCCUAUUAUAUCAAUGCUUGGGAUCAAUCGAUUCCCGUAUCAACGGAUAGCUUAGCUGAGGCCGGCUUUUUCUCAGUCGGAAUGAGUGAUUACACGAAGUGUUUCUACUGUGACGGCGGUCUGUCAAAUUGGGAGCCGGGAGACGAGCCGUGGACACAACACGCCAAAUGGUUUCCCGACUGUCACUUCGUUGUGCUCAACCAAUCGCAGGCAUUUGUCGAUCAAUGCAGACAAAUGCAAGUCAACGAAGGACCCACCAAUUCCCUCAAUGAGAACGAAUCCGAUCCCGAAAUUUACAGCGAUUACGACUCAGACGAAGAAUCGGUGAACGCGUUGGGCAUCCGUGCCAUCAAUGAAUGGAUGAAUACAGAUAUUGUGCUCCAAAUAAUGGACAUAAAUGUUGGAACCCCGUCGCUGUCGUCGACCGUAUUGUCACUAUCCAACUACUCCUCGUCACCCGAUAUGUUGGUCAAUGAUUGCGAACCGAGUCGUGUGGAAGACAAUCGGUUAUUGUGUAAAAUAUGUUUAGACCGUGAGAUAGAAGUGGUGUUUCUUCCGUGUGGCCAUCAGUUGGCGUGUACUCAAUGCGCCCCUUGUGUGGCCGACUGUCCCAUAUGUCGCAAAAUCAUUCGCGGGACAAUGUAA